AUGGCGCACAAAAGCAAUCCCUAUAAGAAGGCACAGUUGCAGCAUGUGGGAGAAGCGCACUCGACGCCUGCAAAAGAAGAGACGCAAGAUGAGGCAACGAUCAAAGUGAGAGAUGAAGGACGCGCAGAAACACAAAGUCUAGAUGGAGUCUUCACUGGUGUCUCCAGAGGCAAGGUAUGUCGAGGUCAUAGCUUUCUGGUCCAUGUCGACGAGAAGGUUCCCGCCCUGCAGAGCUUGGAGAUUUGGGCAGAAAGUUUUGACAAUAUCCAUGUGCGCUCCAACAUCUCAGUCAAGCGAAGUGGAGCCUCGCUUCUGGCUGCUGAGAUCUACGGCAUUGUGGUUACUGACGUUGUCAAAGAGCUGGAUACUUUAUUUUGCCUUCAGGCACUGACCAGAUGGUCCGUCCAGCUGUUGCAGCGCCUGGCACUUACCACGAGCAGAUGCAUCUUAUUGGAGGAGACAUUCAACAAAGCCAAGGUCUUCAACGACUGCCAAGUUAAUCGCAGCUCUUUGGCUUUGAAACACCUUGAGAGGAACUGUGAGAGGAACUCCACGCAUCAAGAUGUUGAGUGCGACGAGCGGGUUUACUCUGUGCGGAUGGCAGGUCAUGAAGUAUCACGGCUGCAGCUCAAAGAAUCACAAAGAUAUGUCAUAGUUAGACAAGACAGGUGUAUCCAGGUUGCAUGCAGUGAAACAUAG